GUCCUCCCCCGCGGGAGGAUCCCCACGGCCCAGCUCCGGAGGAGGAGGAGGAGGAGGACGGGAGCCGGGCCUCCUUCUUCCCGGCCGACCCAGAACCCAGGGCCGGCCGUCCUUGGGCUCAAAGCCCCAGCGCGGCGGGGCCCUCGCCACAGAUAAGCCCCUGCGGCGCGGGACAUGGAGAAGGAGGCGUGGGUAGGAGCUGGGGGGGCUCUGUCCCCCAAUACCUCCUCCCCGUCCCCCCCCGAGCCUCCGGGGACCUCGGGCAGCGUCAUCCCCGUCUACUGCGCCCUCCUGGCCACCGUGAUCCUUGGUCUCCUCGCCUACGUGGUCUUCAAAUGCUGGCGCUCACGGAAGCAGAGACAGCAGCUGGCCAAGGUUCGGACGGCAGAGCUGGGGGCCCUGGACAGAGACCCGAGGCCGGCGGAGGACGGCGGGGUGGAGCCCGGUGGCCAUGCCCAAGGGCGGCAGGCGGACCCCGACGGCCCCCUCUACCUCCACCUCCCCCGGAAGCAGCAGGAGGCGGUGGCGCGGCUGCUGGAGGCGCCCAGCGAGCCCCCCCAGGGCUGGCGGGCGCUGGCCGGCCUUCUGGGCUGCGGGGCGGAGGCCGUGGAGGCCGCGGCCCGGAGCGGGGAGCCGGCCUCCACCCUGCUGGGGAGCUGGGCCAGCCAGGAGGGGGCCCGCGCCACGCUCGGGGAGCUCCGGGCCGCCCUGGCCGCCCUGGGCCGCGAGGACGUGCUGCGGGCGCUGGACCCCCCGGCCGAGGCCCGCUCCGCGCUGUGAGCCGGGGCUCCCCCUCCCCCUCCCCUCAGUGCUGCCGCCUUCAGCCCGCCGUGUGGGGGAACACGGCAGCUCCCGUCCCUCCCUGACACGGGGGAGCCCCCGGCCCCCCGCCUUUGCCGAGUGGGGCUAUUAAAGGUGCCUUUGGAUGCGCGUGGCUGGCUCCGGCUCCUCGGGACUGGGGAGGCUCAGUGGCUGGGCUGCCGUGUCCCCUGGGGCAGCGCUGGUCCCCGGGGGCCUCCAAGCUCUGGGGGCCCCGCCUGCCCGCACCCCCUCUUCCCGCUGGGUGACUCUCGGGGCACCUGGGCCGCACUGCCAGAGCCUGCGGUCAGCACGGGGCUCCUGACCUGGGCCGGGGGCGAGCG